AUGUCGUUUGUGCCCCGUGGUGCGCAACAAUCGGCGCCCAACCCGCAACAUCAUCAACAGCCAGGUCAACAUGUCAGUCCGCCAGUGCUGCGAGCACCGCUCGUCCAAGAUGUACAUUCCCAGCCGCUCUUACUCAACCCACACCAGAUGGCCCCGUCGCCAAUCUCGUCCCAUUACGGCUCCAACCCGCUCCAAUUCCAGCCUGCGCGAGCUGGCAAACGACCACGAGUGGAUGGAGGCGACGGGAAUGAAGACGAUAACCGACUCGACAUGCAUCUCCAGAUGCUGAAACCUGAUGCGCACGGAGAGGGAACUCAGUCUCCCGAAAUGCUCAUGUCCGCUCAGGGUGAUUCGUCCUCACAGCAUCGCCCUUCAGCGCAUUCUUUCGCGUUGCCUCCUCCACCAGUUCAUCAGCAGCAGCAACAACAACAUCACCACCACCAUCAUCACCGACUUCCACCUCAAGCCCUUAUUCAUCCUUCACAGCAGCCUGGCGGCGAUAUGAACUCUCCUAAUAUGUCAUCUGGGCUGCCAAGCGUUGUUGGACAGGCAGGUAUGCCAGAUCCGGCGCCGCGCCCCCGUGGACCAAAAUUGAAGUUCACACCGGAGGAAGAUGGUCUUCUAGUGGAGUUGAAAGAGCACAAGAAUCUAACUUGGAAGCAAAUAUCGGAUUUCUUCCCGGGAAGGACAAGCGGUACUUUGCAAGUGCGCUAUUGUACAAAAUUAAAGGCCAAAGACACCGUCUGGACUGAUGAGAUGGAACAAAGGCUGCGAAAUGCAAUUCAAGACUAUGAGAAUGACCGCUGGCGGAUCAUAGCAGGCAAAGUCGGACACGGUUUCACGCCGGCGGCUUGUCGCGAAAAAGCAACGGAAUUAUAA